UGGGUUCAAUCUGGCUUUCUCGGCCGUGGAGGCUUCAGUGUCGUCCACAAGCAACAUGAGAAGAGCAGUGGCCUAUGCCGUGCGGUGAAGACGAUCGACAAAAGCAGGAUGCCUACCCAGCUUGACUAUUCAAGAGAGCUUCUUGUGAUGGCUUUAUUGGCGAAAGUUUGUUUCCUUAGCCCUGGGGGUCUCCGAUCUCGUCUCCGCCCCCCACUAGAUUUUCGCAGAGUUCUAAUUAGUGUUGCCCAUCCCCGUAGCAUCCAUCAUUGUUCGUGCAGUUCCAUGGAUGGUUUGAGCAAUCGCAAAAUCUUUACAUCGCAAUGGAAUAUCUAGAGAAGGGCGACCUCGGCAAACAUAUCGGCGAGCCUCUACCACAGGAGACAGUUCAGACGAUCACAAAGCAACUACUCGAGGGUUUGAGCAUUAUGCACAAAAAAGGAAUUACUCAUCGAGAUCUGAAGCCUGAGGUUGGUAUAUAUAAGUCACGGGGCACUCGAAGAGCCCGACCCCAACCGCAAAAACAGGACUAACGAACGUUUAUGAUAGAACAUUUUUGUCGUUACCAUGUCCCCUGUCUGGGUUAAAAUCGGGGAUUUCGGAAUAGCAAAACGGGUCCGGGACAAAGACCCUACAACUCUCCAUACUCAA